AUGCCGGCCGAUCGGAGAGCGCGCCAUUUCAGACCGGCAACCAGCUCGACCGUCGGCGAAGAGUCCCUCGCCGCAUCGGUCUUGCUAACAAAUGAAGAGAAGGUAACCACGGAAAACAUCAGGGUGGUCAUGGCUAUUCAGGCCAAUCACCGCGGCAUGGGAUGCGCAGUCUACCAGGCCGAGACGCACCGCCUUCUCCUCCUCCAGGACUCGCCCGCUCCAGAAAGCUCUUCAACGCAUCAUACUUUUCUUGGUGUCCAUCCCGACUCAAGUCCAGACCCAGAUCAAGAGCAGAAACGGUGCAGCGCUGACCGCGACUUUAUCUCGUCUUUGAUCGGACAGCUCCAUCCAGAUCUUGUCUUUACGAACGAGAAUUGCCCCUUGCCAACCUUAGACUCGAUCAAGUCUCAACUAUCUCAGCUCGAACGUCACACCACGCUCGAGCUACGCACCUCGUCGGAAUUCGACCAUAAGUCAGGUGUAGAACGGCUGAGGACUUUUCAUCCCACUGAUGCAGAGAUGGUCACCAUCGACACAAUGCACAUGUCGGUUGCUGCUUCGAGCUGUCUCAUCGGUGAGAUGCAGAAGAGGAGUGCAAUGGCAGGAAAGGGCGCGUACGACUCCGACGAAGAGUCAAACGAUCCAGACGACGAAGGCGACGAUGCUUUUGUGCACUUCGCUGUCUUCGCAAUUGAUACGCUCACGUUGGACGAGUACAUGUUCGUGGACAUCGAUACGAGGGCUGCUCUGGGAAUCUUUGAGGAACAAAAGCACGCCACAAUGCAUUCAUCAAAGAGGAAAGAAGGGCUCAGUAUUCUUUCGUUGCUGAACAGGACGCAUACACCCCUCGGAAGUUUCCUGCUACGACGGUGGCUAAUGUUUCCGUCCAUGUCGAUUCCCACCAUCGAAGCACGUCUAGAUGCCGUGGAAGCCUUUGUUUCGCACCGCGAGCAAGCCGUGGAGAUUGUCAAAACGCUCAAAGGAGUACGCAAUGUGCCGCACAUCCUCGCAAAGCUAAGCACUGGCAGCAGGAAUGAUGUGAACAAGUGGAAGGCUGUCUCGAAAUUCAUUUCGAAGGCACAACUCGCUCGCGGCCAGGUGGUGCAAUUUCAGGCGUUACAGCUGCAAAGCAUUGAGCUUGCAAUCGUUAAAAAGGUCAAGGACAGCGUCAGAGCGACUGAGCUUGAAGAGCUGCGCGGUGAGCUGGAAAAAAGCGUCAAUUGGGAAGACAGCAAGAGCGAGCGGCGCAUCUGUAUCGCGUAUGGGGUCAACUCCGAGCUGGACGAGCUCAAAGAGACUUACGCCAAUCUACCAUUGACACUCGCAACCCUGGCUAGGGAAAUGAAGGCCCGCUUGACCGAUUUUGUUGAUGAAUCAGAGCGCAUCAAUCUUGCCUACUUCCCUCAGAUAGGCUAUCUGCAUCAGUGGGUGCACCGACCUGGGUUCUCUGAGGCAUAUUACGUCGAGCGUGGCAAGGCUCUGGGCUGGAAGCACCAUUUUGCGCUGGACCGUGCCUCUUUCUUCAAGAGCGAGCAUUGUUUCGAUGUCGAUCGGCAUCUCGGCGACAUUCAUGAAAUGAUCCAGGGCAUGGAGGUAGAGAUUGCGUAUGUACUGCUGCAGAAAAUAUUGGCCAAGGCGAAAAUCCUCGUCGAAGCAGCCGACGCCAUCGCAGAGCUGGAUUGUCUCCUUGCCUUUUCCUUUAGUGCGAUUGAGCUGGACUACCGCCGCCCGACUGUUGUCGAAAGACCGAUCCUCGACAUUAUCGCGGGACGGCACCCUCUGCAGGAGCAGUGCGUCGAGAAUUUUGUUGCAAAUGAUACGUGGAUCGUUGGAGGUCGUGGUCUUAUGCAAAAAAGCGAGACUCUGACGCAUAAGGAUGAAAUUGGGAAUGGGGAUCAAAGAGCGAAUGAGGUGCAGAUGGAAGACGACGAUGAAGGACGCAGCGUCCUCAUCAUCACAGGAGCCAAUGCUUGUGGCAAAUCGGUCUUCCUCAAGCAGAAUGCCCUCAUAGCAGUCAUGGCCCAGAUCGGCUCGUUUGUUCCUGCCUUCUCUGCCACCGUUGGUCUUGUUGACAAGAUCCUCACCCGCAUUCAAGCGCGCGAGAGCAUCACCUCCCAGCGUUCCUCUUUCUACCUCGACAGCAUCCAGCUCUCGCACGCCCUCCGCCACUUUACCCUCCGAUCCUUGCUCAUUCUUGACGAAGUGGGCAAGGGCACCUCCUCUUCGGACGGAGCCGCCCUGUUUGCAGCAACGAUCAAGCACCUCCUUCUUCGCGCCCCUCACACGCCGAGGACAAUGACCACCACACACUUCUUUCAAGUCAUCCACCCCAGCUUUCUCGAUCCUGACUGGCCCGUCCUCUACGGGCAUUUUGACGUACGGCCCCAGGACAAUGGCGAGCUUGUCUUUCUGUACAAGCUCAAACCGGGCUGCCAGCUUCACUCUUUCGCCUGCGUCGUCUGUGGCAUGUGCGGCGUGGAUCGCUCCACUGUGCGGAGGGCGAAGUACGUGUCCGAGGCGUGCCGUUCUCACAAUCUCGGGCUCCUUCGGCGUGAAAUUGCCGAGAUGCAGCACGAAGAGCAGCAAAAUGUGCAUCCGGCCUCGAAGGACGAGAUGCUGUGCAAGGAAGUCGCAGUGAGACGCUUUGUCAGCGUCGACUUUGCAUCGAUCGAUGCGCACGACUCUGAGGCUCUUGGUAGGAUGCUCGACGAAAUUCUCUCGGAUCCACAGGAUAGCUGA